GGAAAUCUACCGCAUCUACGCGGGCGCCGGGCUCGGGUCCGGCGGCUCGACGGGCGGCGGCGCGGGGGGCAGCGGCGUCGCCGCGUUUCGGGCGCGCUUUCGCGAUUUCGGGGACUGUCUGGACGAGGAAAACGACUACGUCGACCAAGACAUGCUGGUAAAGAAAAUCCGCAAGUGGAAGCUCGAUGCCAUGAGCCUGGAACACUGGUUCAAAUUCUUCGAAGGUAUAACGCAUGCCCAUCAUCAUGAUGCAUAAGUAACAAAUUUUCUCUAUCAUGCAUGCUAUGCAAUACAAAUUUGGGCAUCUUCGUUUCCCGCGCAUGCGUGCAUGCCAAAUUCCAAUCACGUUCACGUCAUUUAGCAGUUUUAUUUCGUUUUUGGUGUCAUAUUACGGCAUUUUUAUCAGAUCUUCUCGCCGCCCUGGCCACCCGACGGUCCACUGGCGGCAAGGUUCUCGGCGGGCCGUCGCUGGUGCGGAACGCCCAGCUUGUUGACGAGGCGAUCGACGGUUUGAUCGGGGGAGAGAAGGUCAGGAAGAACUUACUGACAACCGGCGAUAAAAAUCUGAAAUCAUCUCUAUCUUCCAGCGAGAACAACCCCAACAUGCCUUCUGCAACCCUGACCGCGCUGGAGAGGAUGCGCAAAGACAAAAUACAGACGGAGAAGACGCGGGACGAGAUCCUGCUCGCAGUGCAGGGAUUGGUGGAGUUCGAAAACCGAAUUCUGCAAACGAAGAAGUUUUUCGCGGAGGUCGACGUGGACUUGCAGAGCAGCCAGGAUUUGGUCAUGAAGAUUGUGCGGCACUUCAUGCAGCUGUUUGACGUGAAGGAACUCGAAGGGGUGUUGCCCGCGAUGAACACGGUCUUCGCUCGGCUACAUGAGCUGAAAAACUUCUGGAAGACGCUGUGUGUGGAACUCCGGGUCGACGCGAAUUUGCCGCCGUCGAAGAUUCUAGAGCGGCUCGCGAGUGAGCAGCGGAGUAAAAGUGCGGGUUUUUUAGGUGGUGGGUUGACGGGAAGAGGAGAGGACCACGAGCAGGCCGACUACACGACGCCGACGAGUGCAGCGUAACGUGCUUACUUCAUCAGCUGUUGAAAGAGGGUCAAGGUCGUUAGUAGUUCCAACGCUGAAAAUCCCAGCUGUGUUUUCGACGACGCAACUGGAAUGAAGCGGAAACCACAUGGAUGAUUGAGGUGGCCGUGGUGAUCCACAUUUUCGAUUUUGCAAAAAUCGCGAAUCGCAAGAGAAACUCGUCUGUGGUUCUGGAGCGAGCAGGGCGAUGCGGAUCAUACAGCAACUGCAAUCAGUUCAACAUGAACUGCACUCAAUGUCGUGGUUGUCAGCGCCGCAAACGGAAGUAAGCUAGUCGUGGCAGUCGCAGCUGAAAUACUA